AACCUAACUGGACAAUAAAUAAUGUAUAUAAUAUAAUAUUAAAUUAAUAAGAGGUGUCGGUAGAGAGUUUUGAAACUUGUAUACGUAUAAAGCAUAUGGUUUUUGAUAUAAAUUGGCAUUGGUAUCUCUAGCUUUACAAAAUAAUACAACGUAGAAGAUUUUGGUGUGUGGUAGUGUCAAUAGUGUGAGUAUAAAAUAUAAGUAAUGGGGUUAAUAAUAAUUAAUAAGUUGGGUAAUAUGAAGAGAAUUAUACUAAUAAUAAUGGUGACAUUAUUAUCAUUAUCUUCAUCAGUUUGGGGUCAUAUUGUAAUACCAUACGAAGAUCAACCACUAUCCAAGAUUAACAUUCUUAAAACUCAGCUUGAUUUACAGGGCACUGCCACUAUAUCUGCUCAACCUCUUCAUCUUUAUCAAAAGGGACGUGUGGAAGCUGAACUAGAAGCAGAAUGGGUUACUGUGACUGUUAAAAACUCCAAACCCUCCAAUGAUGACUGGGUUGGUGUGUUUUCUCCAGGAAAAUUCGACUCAUCGAGUUGCCCACCAAAAGGACCAGAGGACAAAGAGCUAGAAUCGCCAUACAUAUGCUCUGCCCCAAUAAAGUUUCAAUACGCAAAUCAUUCGAGUAAAAAUUAUGUGAAGAGUGGGGAAGCGAAAUUGAAGUUCUUGUUGAUUAAUAUGAGAUCAGAUUUUUCUUUUGCAUUAUUUUCUGGAGGCUUCUCAGCUCCCAAAUUGGUGUCGAUAUCUGAUGUGUUAUCAGUAUUUGCUAAUCCAAAAGCACCACUCUAUCCACGUCUUGCCAUAGGAAAGUCUUGGGAUAUAAUGACAGUGACAUGGACAAGUGGUUAUAACAUAGAUGAAGCAGUUCCAUUUGUUGAAUGGGGUCUUAAAGGAGAAACCCAACAACGAUCACCUGCUGGAACUUUAACAUAUGAUCGAAACAGCAUGUGUGGUGCACCUGCAAGAACAGUUGGUUGGCAUCAUCCUGGUUUCAUACAUACAAGUUUUCUCAAAGACUUGUGGCCAAAUUCUCAGUACAGUUAUAGAAUGGGUCAUCGUUUAGUGAAUGGUUCAUAUGUAUGGAGCAAAUCUUACUCUUUCAAAUCCUCACCAUAUCCUGGACAAGACUCUUUACAACGAGUUAUUAUAAUGGGUGACAUGGGAAAAGCAGAAAGAGAUGGGUCGAAUGAGUAUGCAAAUUCCCAACCAGGCUCACUUAACACCACAGAUCAACUCAUAAAAGACCUCAAAAACUAUGACAUACUUUUCCAUAUUGGUGAUAUGGCAUAUGCUGAUGGAUACCUUUCUGAAUGGGACCAAUUCAUAGCACAAGUUUCACCCAUUGCUUCAGCUGUGCCUUAUAUGGUUGCAAGUGGCAAUCAUGAACGUGAUUGGCCAAAUUCAGGGUCGUUUUGGGAUACUACUGAUUCAGGUGGUGAAUGUGGUGUGCCGGCUGAGACUCUCUACUAUGUUCCAGCUGAUAACAGAGCCAAAUUUUGGUACUCGGCGGAUUAUGGGAUGUUUAAAUUUUGUGUAGCAGACAGUGAGCAUGAUUGGAGAGCUGGAUCAGAACAGUAUGCAUGGAUUGAGAAAUGCCUUGCAUCAGCAGAUAGAAGAAAACAACCUUGGUUGAUCUUCAUAGCUCAUCGUGUACUUGGCUAUUCCUCUAACUAUUGGUAUGGCCAAGAGGGCUCAUUUUCAGAGCCUGAAGGAAGAGAAGACCUCCAAAAGCUUUGGCAAAAAUACAAGGUGGACAUAGCUUUCUUUGGUCAUGUUCACAACUAUGAAAGAAUAUGCCCCAUUUACCAGAACCAAUGUGUGAACGAUGAAAAAUCACAUUUCAGUGGUGUUGUAAAUGGAACAAUUCAUGUGGUUACUGGAGGAGGAGGAAAAAGUUUGGCUAAGUUUAGUAGCUUGUCUCCUGUGUGGAGUGUCUACAGAGAUUAUGAUUGGGGAUUUGUUAAGCUUACUGCCUUUAAUCACUCAUCACUGCUCUUUGAAUACAAGAAAAGUCGUGAUGGUGAGGUAUAUGACUCUUUUACUGUUUACAGAGAGUACAAGGAUGUUUUAGCUUGUGUCCACGACAGUUGUGAACCAACCACUUUGGCAAAUUAGAAUUCUAUCUAAUUUGUGAUCAUAUAUAACCUAUAUUUAUCAUGAUAAUAAGGACAAAGAGAGGAGUAUAAUGGUUGAAACUUCAACUUUGUAUUAAGACUUUUGUCAAGGAUAUUGGAUUGACUAAUAAUAUUAUCAUUUGUUUAUCUA